AAAGCUGAUGAAGAUGCUAAUAAAUCUGAACCUAAGUCUUUAGAAAUUGCCCAUUUAAAUACAAUAAAUACAAUGAAUAUCUACCAAUACCAACUAAUAAAACGUCUAAAUCCUUCAAGUUCGGAUAUUAUUUCUCAGAAAAGUAUUUACGAAUUGUUUAGUCCAGAUUCUAUAGACUAA